AUGGCGAACGAACAGAAUAGCGACCACAAGGGUGGAAAUCCCUCAUGCCAUGCAGAUGAGAGUCGGUACAGUGCAUCCCCGAGAUCGAUACCCAGCAUCGGCUACGAGAUCUGGGCAAGCAAACCAGCAGCCUCCCGCGCCUCCCACCAUCACCCGACCCUUGCCGUUGCCGCUCUCAGCCAACCAGAGACAACCGCCGUGUCGACAAGAGCGCCAUGUGCAAUCCCGACCGGCCUGGAGAGGCGUUCCGGUGACCCAGAUCCAAAGCUGGUGACGGCGAUGGCGAUGGCGAUGCAUAUUGCACGACAAAAGAACCAACCGUUACAACACAAUAUACGCCAUUUCAUGCACUUCAUAACAAGCAAACACCGACCCCGCCCUGGCUGUGGCCUCAGACAAGCCAACGAUGGACUACGGUGCCAUCUUCUAUCUAGCCUGAUCCCGUGCGAACGUGCUCAUGGAGCUCGGAGCUUUCUGCACCCAGCUUGGCUUCCUACGUCCAAAAGGCAGUAUAGUCGCCAUCACAAGCGCCAAAACCAACCAUGUACUAGCCCGUUGGCUGGUGGCGUGCAGCGGUUGUCGUCCUUGCCAGCCCUAGACACAGACUGUUGGCCUAUCGCAUGGGCCGCUCUGCGCUGGGAGAGAGGCCGUUGUAUCGCCGGAGGAAUCGCGCAAAGUGUCUGGGGGAUCGUCAUGCUGGCCAUUGCUGAACCGCAGAGCAAAAAUGAGCAGCAAAGCCUGGCAAUGAGUAACCUGAGAGACACGACUGGAUUCUGGCCCAGAGUUCGCAGCUGUGACGGGAUCGGCCUCGCACUGCAUUCUCACCAUAUCAAACAAACCCAGCCAGCAGGGGGCGUCUGGGAACCGGGAUGCCGUCAACCGCCGCGCCAGGGCCAGCAAGCGACCCAAAUCAAGGGCACUCGAAGCAACAUGCAGACUGUAUUCUGGACUGAAUAUCCAUUCGGCACGUCCCUUCAAAGGACGACAGGCACCACAGCUGCAACGUCUCUUCCUUACAAUACGGAGUACAUCUCGAAUGUCAGGCUCAUGAAGACACCAUGGCCCCUGUCGACCUAUCAGUCAGCACCCGGGCUUCCGUCUCGCCUGGUCUGCACUCCUGUGUAUGAUUUCCUGAAGAGCCAAUCGCAAGUUGAGGAUGCGUUUGACAACGUGAGCAAUCCCAUCUUUGGUUCCGAUCAACCUCAGAUCAACCAUACCGUGGUCGCACCUUACAGCCAAUCGCAAUUCUUCCGUUUCUGGGACCUGUCAAAGGGAUUAUCUACGUUUUUGACAGCUCUCCCUCGCGCGGACGGCUUCGGCUCCGGAGGCGCUGCCUGCGCCAAUACCCUGAUUAGCCUGCUUCCGAAAAAAGGUCUUCUACCAGAAGUUGAAACGGUAGUCAACGGUCUUGACCAGAAUGCACUUAACCAGCAACUCUGCUCAAAUGGAUGCUUCGUUUUGAAGUCAGGCCUGCAAACACUUCCUGAUAAGGCAAAUCCGCGCCGCAUACAUCGCACGCAACUGUUCCAAAACACUCGGACGGAAGAAAAGCAUCCAAUGGUGAAUGCCGUUUCAGUCUACAUCGGUUCCACCAUCAUCGAAUGUUGCGGACGAGGCAUCAAGCCAAGUUGGAAGCUCAGCGACUGGUUGAACCCAAGAACACCCAGACACACCCACGAGGGAAGUUUGGGGCACGUCACAGACGUCAGCUGCGACCGGGCGAUUGACGGGUGGCUUGAAGAGUCAAAGGCAAAGGGAAAACAACAACAGAGUUCAUCGGCUUGGUUUCUUCAACCCAAAGCUUGGGAAAGCUUGGGAUGGACGUUUGAAUCGUGUUCCCUGCCCUCUCACUCGUCGACAGACUCGCGCGGCUAUGUCAAAUACUUGAGCCUGCGACGCUCGCGGACCUUAUUCAGGACUCGCACAAGAAUGCGAUACCUGAAUAGCGUUAGGAUUGGGCUGAAGGGGGUGGGCGUGUCAGCGGCGGAUGGCAUAGCCGCUCUAGCGCACAACUCAACCUUUGCUUGCUUACCUCUCCUCCCAUCCAGGAGACUUCCGGACCCGCCCUAUUGUUUAGGAUGGCUGUUAGACAGGAAUUUUGGGGGAGGGGAGGGGGCGUGGACGGGAUCGAGAAAAGACAAGCAGGGGAGCGCCAUCACGUCAGGGCUCCCCUGGCUGCUACUCUCCUGGCCUACCCCCCAGUCCCCCCUCCAUGAAAACAUCGUCUGUCCAUCCAUUCACCUUAUCCGCAGGCACACUCGUCAGACACACCACCAACUUGACACCAGACAUGCACACACGCGCACAUUGGCAUACGAGCUCGAACCGGAACUUCAACAACCAGUUGCAGAACCAUACGCCCCAUUGCAGCUUUGUGACACACCACCAUUCGCUUUCGUGACGGGAGUUCCCUUUCCUGUCAAGAUGUCUCGAAGUCAUGACAUGUUGGACAAAGCUGCUGGUAUUUGCAGAAUUAACGGCGCCUUCCUGGGUCGAGGGCGCGAGCACGAGCGAUGGAUUUCGCCCAUCAACAACAAGAUGCUAAAUCGAGAGAUUCGAGAGCUCGAGAUCUUCAAGAGCCGAUUGCUCACGGACGAUGAAGGUUGGUCCAGCAAGAGGUUCAGGAAAAUUCAGGACUCCCGCUAUAAUUUCUUGGGGGUGAUCGCUGUAUUGCCGUUCACGACAUCCGGGACCUUGAUUCUCAAGGUUGGAGGAAUCUGUCGUAUACUGAACCCAUCUCCGGUUUACCAUGUUCCCUCGCUGAACCUGCUCCGAUCAGGAAAUGACGGCCAGCCGGGUCAGAGACCGUUACGUACCAGAGUAGGAACCAGGCCACCAGUGCCAACCCCCGGUCUAGUUGAUGGGGGCCUAUUCUUCAUUUAUGACCUGAGCGCGGCCAGAGCGUUACAAGCGACAAUGAAGGGGCUUGGCUGGGAAGUGUAUCCUGUCUCCAUAUCCAUAAUCCGCCGCCGCCGCGCGCGCCCCCCCUUCGGGCAAUUUCAUCUACACUACGUACAUCACAACCGUCCUGGCCCCGGGUGGGAGCCCACGAGCAGCCGGGGAGCACAAUGCUUCUCCCAUCUCUUCCACUCUUCUUCUUGUAUCCUGGUCACUUUCUUUCUCGUUCAGACCCCUAUCCAUGCUGUCCUGCUGGCACAUCCUCAAGUACCACCUCGAGCUAGCAUAAUCAGUCCGUUGCCCGCCAAAGGGAACGCCACCGAAGCAAUCCUAGGACCAGGCCCUGACUGGGGUGUGGGUACGGACGGUGUGGUCCUGCGACCCUGGUCGAGAUGGGCAAUCCCAUCCUCCUUCUUGUUCCUCAUCGACGGCCUGCUUCAAGGCAUUAAGCAUCCGUGGGCUGUGCGCUUCUUCCUCUCCAGUCCAGUCCAGUUUACUUUGCUCUACUACGGAUACCUCACAAGCACAAGUCUACCUACCAACCUACUCUCAGUCAAAGUCUCCACGUUUCAGUGUGCUCAAAUCACCGUCUUAAUUUGUCCAAUUUGGCCCGUCGCCGGGUCCUCCUCUUCCUCCUCCUCGACACUUCUCUCCCAUUUCCUAUUUUGGCACCACAUCUGUGCACCGCUGCCCGUUAAACUUCCUGCACAAGACCUCUUCCCAAGCUCCAAGAUAUACAAAAGGACUGCCAUCCCACCUUGCAUCUACCUCCAGCAUCACCGACCAUCAUCCCAUUCGAGCUGCUUGUUGAUUCACGGCUGGGACCACUUGACCAUCACAUCAGCAUCCUUUUAUCGCUUCUACUUCUUCACGCCUCUGUCUGUCGUUGACGAGCAAUAG